AGGGGGCUGGUUAUCAUGGCGGAUCGGACGGCUCCGCGCUGCCAGCUCCGGCUGGAGUGGGUGUACGGCUACCGGGGCCACCAGUGCCGCAACAACCUCUACUACACGGCAGGGAAAGAGGUGGUGUACUUCGUGGCUGGAGUCGGCGUGGUUUACAACACCAGGGAGCACAGCCAGAAAUUCUUCCUCGGGCACAACGAUGAUAUUAUCAGCCUUGCAGUUCACCCGGAUAAAAUGUUGGUAGCCACCGGGCAGGUUGGGAAGGAUCCCUAUAUUUGCAUCUGGGAUUCCUACCGUGUCCAGACCGUGUCUGUCCUGAAGGAUGCACACACGCACGGAGUCGCCUGCCUGGCCUUCGACUCGGACGGCCAGCGUUUGGCUUCUGUGGGACUGGAUGCCAAAAACAUGGUGUGUAUUUGGGACUGGAAGAGAGGCAAGCUCCUGGCAACAGCUACAGGCCACUCCGACAGGAUAUUUGAUAUUUCCUGGGAUCAAUAUCAGCCAAACAGAAUUGUCAGCUGUGGAGUAAAACACAUAAAGUUUUGGACAUUGUGUGGAAAUGCCCUGACAGCAAAGAGAGGAAUAUUUGGUAAAACAGGAGAUCUCCAAACAAUCCUGUGUUUAGCCUGUGCUAAAGAAGACAUCACCUACUCUGGGGCUUUAAAUGGGGACAUCUAUGUUUGGAAAGGGCUCAACUUGGUCCGCACAAUUCAAGGAGCACACAGUGCUGGAAUUUUUAGUAUGUAUGCUUGUGAAGAAGGCUUUGCCACUGGAGGGAGAGAUGGCUGCAUUCGGCUGUGGGACACUGAGUUCAAACCAAUUACUAAAAUUGAUCUCAGGGAGACUGAACAAGGAUACAAAGGCCUGUCCAUCCGCAGCGUGUGCUGGAAAGCUGACAGGCUCCUGGCGGGGACACAGGACAGCGAGAUCUUCGAGGUGCUCGUGAGGGAGAGGGACAAGCCCAUGCUGAUCAUGCAGGGCCACUGUGAGGGAGAGCUCUGGGCCCUGGCAGUGCAUCCCAAGAAGCCUUUGGCAGUCAGUGGCAGCGACGAUCGCUCCGUGCGGUUGUGGAGCCUUGCUGACCACGCCAUGAUUGCUCGCUGUAAUAUGGAAGAGGCCGUACGGAGUGUGUCCUUCAGUCCUGAUGGAUCCCAGUUGGCACUUGGGAUGAAGGAUGGCUCCUUCAUUGUCCUCAGAGUAAGGGACAUGACCGAGGUGGUUCACAUCAAGGACCGCAAGGAGGUGAUCCAUGAGAUGAAGUUUUCUCCAGAUGGCUCCUACCUGGCCGUGGGCUCCAACGAUGGGCCUGUGGACAUCUACGCCGUCGCCCAGAGAUACAAAAAAAUUGGGGAAUGCAACAAAUCCUCCAGUUUCAUCACCCACAUUGACUGGUCUGUGGACAGCAAGUUCCUGCAGACCAACGAUGGUGCUGGAGAGAGGCUCUUCUACAAGAUGCCCUCUGGGAAGCAUCUGACGAGCAAAGAUGAGAUCAAAGGAAUUCACUGGGCCUCAUGGACCUGUGUGAUAGGAUCUGAAGUGAGUGGUAUCUGGCCAAAAUACACAAACAUCACAGAUAUCAACUCUGUGGAUGGGAAUUUCAACAGCUCCGUGCUGGUGACUGGCGAUGACUUUGGGCUGGUGAAAUUAUUCAGAUUUCCAUGCCUAAAGAAAGGAGCUAAAUUCAGGAAAUACAUUGGCCACUCAGCCCAUGUCACCAAUGUGCGCUGGUCCCAUGAUUUCCAGUGGGUUUUGAGCACGGGAGGUGCUGAUCACUCUGUUUUUCAGUGGAGAUUUGUUCCAGAAGGGAUAACCAAUGGCAUCCUGGAAGCCUCUCCACAAGAGGGUGGUGUUGAUUCCUACAGUGAGGAAUCAGAUUCAGAUGUAUCCGACGUGCCAGAGUUGGAUUCUGACAUUGAACAGGAAGCUCAAAUCAACUAUGAUCGCCAGGUUUACAAAGAAGACCUACCUCAGCUGAAACAGCAAAGUAAAGAGAAAAACCAUUCUCUGCCCUUCCUUAAGAGAGAGAGAGCACCUGAGGACAGCUUGAAACUGCAGUUUAUACAUGGGUACAGGGGCUAUGACUGCAGGAACAACCUGUUCUACACACAGGCAGGGGAGGUGGUUUAUCACAUUGCCGCUGUGGCUGUCGUCUACAACCGGCAGCAGCACUCGCAGCGCCUCUACCUCGGCCACGACGAUGACAUCCUCAGCCUCAGCAUCCACCCCAUCAAGGACUAUGUGGCUACUGGGCAGGUUGGAAGAGAUGCUGCUAUCCAUGUUUGGGACACCCAGACCCUGAAAUGUUUGUCAUUGCUCAAAGGCCAGCACCAGAGAGGAGUGUGUGCACUGGAUUUUUCGGCUGAUGGGAAAUGUUUGGCAUCUGUUGGUCUGGAUGAUAACCAUGCCAUUGUGUUCUGGGACUGGAAAAAGGGAGAAAAGCUGGCAACAACCAGGGGCCAUAAAGAUAAAAUAUUUGUAGUGAAGUGUAAUCCACAUCAUGUGGACAGACUAGUCACAGUUGGGAUGAAGCACAUCAAAUUUUGGCAGCAAACAGGUGGAGGCUUCACCUCCAAACGGGGCACAUUUGGGAGUGUGGGGAAGCUGGAGACCAUGAUGAGUGUCUCCUACGGGCGCGUGGAGGAGCUGGUGUUCUCUGGGGCUGCCACUGGGGACAUCUACAUCUGGAAGGAGACCCUGCUGCUGAGGACAGUGAAGGCCCAUGAUGGACCUGUAUUUGCCAUGCAUGCACUGGACAAGGGCUUUGUAACAGGUGGAAAAGAUGGAAUUGUGGCCCUUUGGGAUGAUAUGUUUGAGAGAUGUCUGAAGACAUAUGCUAUUAAAAGAGCAGCACUCUCUGCUAGUUCUAAAGGUUUACUUUUAGAAGACAAUCCCUCCAUCCGAGCCAUCAGCCUGGGACAUGGGCACAUCCUGGUAGGAACUAAAAAUGGAGAAAUACUUGAAAUUGAUAAAAGUGGGCCUAUGACUCUGCUUGUUCAGGGCCAUAUGGAAGGAGAAGUGUGGGGCUUGGCAGCUCACCCUCUCCUACCUGUGUGCGCCACCGUGAGUGAUGACAAAACCCUGCGCAUCUGGGAGCUCUCUUCGCAGCACCGCAUGCUGGCAGUGAGGAAGCUCAAAAAAGGUGGGCGCUGUUGUGCCUUUUCUCCCGACGGGAAAGCCCUGGCGGUCGGGCUGAAUGACGGCAGUUUUCUGGUGGUGAAUGCUGACACUGUGGAGGACAUGGUCUCUUUCCACCACAGGAAGGAGAUGAUCUCGGAUAUAAAGUUUUCACGAGAAUCAGGAAAAUACCUGGCUGUGGCUUCCCAUGAUAACUUUGUAGAUAUUUACAAUGUCCUUACCAGCAAAAGGGUUGGCAUUUGCAAAGGUGCCUCCAGCUACAUCACCCACAUCGACUGGGACUCCAGAGGAAAGUUAUUGCAAGUCAAUUCUGGUGCCAAAGAACAACUAUUUUUUGAAGCACCAAGGGGGAAAAGACAUGUUAUAAGAAUUGCUGAGAUAGAGAAGAUUGAAUGGGACACCUGGACAUGUGUGCUUGGUCCCACCUGUGAGGGAAUCUGGCCCAUGCACAGCGACGUCACCGUUGUCAACGCGGCCAGUCUCACAAAGGAUAGAACCCUCUUGGCCACAGGAGAUGAUUUUGGGUUUGUGAAGCUCUUUUCCUACCCAGUGAAGGGUCAACAUGCCAGGUUCAAGAAGUACGUGGGGCACAGUGCCCAGGUGACCAACGUGCAGUGGCUGCACAAUGACUCCGUGCUCCUUACCGUUGGCGGCGCUGACACCGCGCUCAUGAUCUGGACCAGGGAGUUCCUGGGCAUCCAGGAGAGCAAGCUGGUGGACAGUGAAGAAUCAGACACAGAUGCAGAAGAAGAUGGAGGUUACGACAGUGAUGUUGCAAGAGAAAAAGCAAUUGACUACACCACUAAGAUCUAUGCCAUGAGCAUCCGAGAAAUGGAAGGCACAAAACCCCAUCAGCAGCUGAAGGAGGUUUCAGUGGAAGAGAGGCAGGGAAUUGUCAAGGGAUCAAGGCCACCCGUGAGCAGAGCCGCUCCUCAGCCUGAGAAACUGCAAAAGAACAAUGUCAACAAAAAAAAGAAACUAGUUGAGGAGCUGGCUUUAGACCAUGUGUUUGGAUACAGAGGAUUUGACUGUCGCAACAACCUCCAUUACCUGAACGAUGGUGCUGACAUUAUUUUCCACACAGCUGCAGCAGGCAUUGUCCAAAACCUCUCCACUGGUAGUCAGAGCUUCUAUCUGGAGCACACUGAUGACAUCCUGUGCCUGACAGUGAACCAGCACCCCAAGUACAAGAACGUGGUGGCCACCAGCCAGAUCGGUGACAUGACAGAAUUCCCAGGUACAACCCCCACAAUUCAUAUAUGGGAUGCCAUGAGCAAACAAACCCUUUCCAUGCUGCGCUGCUUCCACACCAAAGGGGUCAAUUACGUGAACUUUAGUGCCACUGGCAAACUUCUGGUGUCAGUGGGAGUCGACCCAGAACACACCAUCACUGUCUGGAGGUGGCAGGAAGGAGCUAAAGUUGCCAGUAGGGGAGGACACCUGGAGAGGAUCUUCGUUGUGGAGUUCCGCCCGGACUCCGACACUCAGUUCGUGUCCGUGGGGGUCAAACACAUGAAGUUCUGGACCUUGGCUGGCAGUGCUUUGCUCUACAAGAAAGGGGUCAUUGGUUCCAUGGAAGACGCCAAAAUGCAAACCAUGCUCUCUGUUGCCUUUGGAGCAAAUAACCUCACAUUCACUGGUGCCAUAAAUGGAGAUGUCUACGUGUGGAAGGAUCAUUUCCUGGUCAGGCUGGUGGCCAAGGCUCACACAGGACCAGUGUUCACCAUGUACACGACUCUGCGGGACGGGCUCAUUGUUACUGGAGGGAAGGAGAGGCCCACAAAGGAGGGAGGAGCAGUUAAGCUGUGGGACCAGGAGAUGAAGCGGUGCCGAGCCUUCCAGCUGGAGACCGGGCAGCUCAUUGAGUGCGUGCGCUCCGUGUGCCGGGGCAAGGGGAAAAUCUUAGUGGGAACAAAAGAUGGAGAAAUCCUUGAAGUAGGAGAAAAAAGUGCUGCUUCAAACUUGUUGAUUGACUGUCACAUGGAAGGGGAAAUCUGGGGCUUGGCAACUCACCCCUCCAAAGACAUAUUUAUCUCUGCAAGCAACGAUGGAACAGCCAGGAUCUGGGACCUGUCGGACAAACUCUCCGUGUGCUGGGGAGGUGUGAGCCUGUUGCGUGUGUCCCCACAGAAGCUGGUGAACAAGGUGAGCUUGGGGCACCCUGCGCGCUGUGCCGCGUACAGCCCCGACGGCGAGAUGGUGGCCAUUGGCAUGAGGAAUGGAGAGUUCAUCGUCCUACUGGUCAACAGCCUCAAGGUCUGGGGCAAGAAGCGGGACAGGAAGUCUGCCAUUCAGGACAUCAGGAUCAGCCCAGAUAACAGGUUUUUGGCAGUGGGCUCACAAGAACAUACGGUGGAUUUUUAUGAUCUCACUCAAGGCACAACCCUAAACCGAAUUGGCUACUGCAAGGAUAUUGCCAGUUUUGUCAUACAGAUGGACUUCUCUGCAGACAGCAAGUACAUCCAGGUAUCCACAGGUGCCUACAAGCGUCAAGUUCACGAGGUGCCACUGGGAAAGCAAAUCACAGACCCUGCAGUCAUAGAGAAAAUCACCUGGGCCACAUGGACCAGCAUUCUUGGAGACGAAGUCAUUGGGAUCUGGCCACGAAAUGCAGACAAAGCAGAUGUUAACUGUGCCUGUGUGACCCACGCUGGCCUGAACAUAGUCACAGGAGAUGACUUCGGGCUGGUCAAGCUGUUUGACUUCCCAUGCACGGAGAAAUUUGCGAAACACAAGCGGUACUUUGGGCACUCAGCACACGUCACCAACAUCCGCUUCUCGCAUGACGACAAGUUCGUGGUGAGCACCGGAGGGAACGACUGCAGUGUCUUCGUGUGGCGCUGCCUCUGAGGAGCCUCUGGCUGCUGCUGUCCUGCCCCAGCGAGGGCUGUGCUGGCCGGGACAGACGGGAAUGCCCCUCCAGCUGCAGGAAUCCCAGCCCUGCUGCAGGCUGACAUUUCCAGAUCACUCAUCCCAACUUACCAAAAGGGAAUGGGAGCUGGCCUUGGAAAGCCCAACACCCUUGCGAAGGAAGCUGAGGUUUGAAGGGUAACCUGGGGAUCCCAAAGGGAUGAACAGUUCACUCACAAAGCUGCUUUUGCCUAAUACUGUGUUGUUCAAACCAUGUCUGAAAAGGGAGAAAAUGCUGGGCCCUUUAAUUUCCAAAUUUGUGGCUUGAACAAAGUUCAAAAAGUGGGUGGGUUUUAACCACACCUGCUUAAAACUCCAAUUUGGUGCACUCAGUAAAGCUGGGAGCAUUUAAUGAGCAGGCUGGGGAGAGGGGAGGUAACCCUUCAGCUUUCAUUAACUGAAGGAGCAAAGUAUCCUUUUUUUUUUUUAAGUCCAUUUUAUUUUUAAAUAUAUAUAUUUGGCAGAAUUUUCUAUCCAUGAAGUGCCUUGGAAUAAUUUUCUAGUAGUUUGGGCUGCAGCCUUGCCUCCCCCCACCUGCUUUCCAUACAUGGUGCUAUGACUCUCACCCAGAGGAGGGCUAAACCAUUCUCACCUUUUCCAGCUGGGUACUUACAUUAUCCCUAUUUUCUGCUUUGGUUUUUUAAUACCUUCACAAGUGAAUUCCCCACUGUUUCUGACAGUGAGCGGCUCUGUGCUGUCGGAAGGCCAAAGUGACAGCAUUCCAGCUCCUGGGCAGCUGCUCCUGCAGCCAGCAGUGCAAGCUGAACUCCAACAGUGAGUGAGAGGAGAGGGUAUGGACAGACUUAACACCAAGAUUGAGGGAGUCAUUCCCCAAGUAUUCCUGCAUGCUCCCCGUUUCUGGGAAAAUGUGCUUUACACUCCUACAGGCAGUGGCCAGCCAGAAUCUUGGCCUGGUGGGAAAGCCUCCAUCAGUCCCUAUUUCCUGUUCUGGAGGGGGGGUCCUAAGCCUUCAAAGGAAACCCUGGAAUGUCCCUAUAGCAGGGCUGUGUGUGCCCUCCAGCCAGUCCAUGCUGCAAGGAAAUGCAGGAAAUGCAGCUUUUUUUGAGCAGGGGGGAAACCUUAUCUUGGUUGACUCUGGGCUCCUCUCUCUGUCCCUGCUUCUCCCUCACCCCACAGAGCCCCUUGUCCUGGCCUGGGGGACAGCUGAGAUCAAAGGAGAGCUGCCUCCAGGGGAAAGUGGAACCAUGGACAGAUAUUCCCAAAAGGCAACUCAAACCCUUCACUAUUUGUUAGAACAUUUUGUCAAAACCAAAAGCUCAAGGGACAAUGAAACUGGAGAAGGUUUAAAAAGGAAUAGCAAAUAUGGGCAAUGUCAAAAUAUGUAUUUAAGAUAUUGAAGAUUCUGGGCAUGGAACAUCCAUGUUUUGAAAUUAACUUUCUUAAUUAAAAGAAAUAAAGGCCAAAAUAAAACGUUUAUAGACUUACAUUUAGUCUCUGAAAAGCAAUAGUGCUUUAGUCCCAGUUCAGGACAAUAGGAUUUUGAACUCUGGAACCUUCCUGCCAGUCCGUUUCUGCUUCCCACUGCACAGAAAAGUAGCAAAAACAUCCCAUUAAAGGAGUGAAUUCCUGUCUGUUUAACACAUGAAGUGCUUCAGCAACCUCAAAGAAUCACCUUUUUUUUUUUUUUUUUUUUACAAUUGAAUUUAUUAAUGCCUUAUAUGACUAUACAGCAGAGCAGUUUGUCAGAUACACAGUACGAGUCCCUAUGCAGUCUUUUCUUUAAAGAAACCUUCAGGAUCAAAUCCUGUUCUGUCAGGUGGUGCCAGCAGUGAGCACCUCUGCCUAUGUUUUAACCACUCAUGUUUGCCUUCCUUCCACAUUGAUUGUAUCCCAAAUAAAACCAGUUGCGUGGCAGAAUGAAUUAAUCAACAGUGAUGUGAGAAGUAUCUUCAAGCAAUAGUGUCUGUCAGGAAAACAUGGUUUGUAUGUUUCUAUGGUCUGGCUUCCUGUAUAAAAUGCUCAGAAGUAAUGCUGUAUUUUACUGUAAGCUGAAAUAUUAAUGCAUGGAUUUCUAUUUUUCAACGGUCAAGAUGCCAUUCAUUUAAGAUCUGCAUCUCAAAAUAAAUCAGAAUCUCAACACUUUGACCUGGAAAGACUAUUGGGACUUACUUCCUUCAAACUUGAAAAUGUCAUCAACCACUCCUGUCUCAAAAAUCCAAGAACCUGACACCCUCCAGUGCUCCCUGGGACACUGGAGGUGACCCUGAGCAGCUCCUUCAUGCUGCAGAGGAAGAAAAGGGACCGUGACAAACCCACCCAGCACCACGCUCUACUGGGACACUACUGCCACCACCAUGGACAAUGGAUAUUUGUCACAAUGAACUUCAAAUAAA